UUUUUUCCCAGUGCCGUUGUAACUUUGAACAGACGCUGAAUGAACUGUUGGAAAUCAAAGACUGCCUGCACGAGUCUUCGCCCGGGUUCAUUCCUUGCUCUUAGCCAUGAUUUUUGGGACUUGGGGGAGCCUCAAAUCAGUGACCCCACGGACCCGGAAGAACCCCCGAUGCAGAAGCCUCCGGGAAGCCCCUUGGUCCUCCCUCACACCCUGCAGGAGCUCUUGAGCAAAGACACCGUUCAAGUGCAGUUAAUCCCGGAGAAAAAAGGGCUGUUUUUGAAGCACGUGGAAUAUGAAGUCUCCAGCAAGCGUUUUAGGUGCUCCGUUUACCGGCGGUAUAACGACUUUGUGGUUUUCCAUGAGAUGCUCCUUCAGAAGUUCCCCUACCGUAUGGUUCCUGGCUUACCUCCCAAGAGGAUGUUAGGAGCUGACCGAGAAUUCAUCGAGACCAGGCGCCGUGCCUUGAAGCGUUUCAUCAAUCUGGUGGCGCGACACCCUCCUUUUUCAGAAGAUGUCCUUCUGAAGUUCUUCCUCUCUUUCAGCGGGUCGGAUGUUCAGAACAAGCUGAGGGAGUUGGUCCAAGGUGUGGGAGAUGAAUUCAUGGUCUGCAAGUUCGCAAUGCAAGCAAAGGAGUAUUUGCCUACAGACAUCCAAAUCCAGUUUGCGGCCAGCCGAGAAUUGAUCAGGAACAUCUACAACAGCUUCUACAAACUCAGGGACCGGACCGAGCGAAUAGCCUCCCGGGCGGUGGACAAUGCCUCAGACCUUCUCCUCUUUGGGAAGGAGCUAAGUGCUUUGGGCUCGGACACAACCCCGCUGCCUUCCUGGGCGGCUCUGAACCACAGUGCCUGGGGCAGCCUGAAGCAGGCCCUGAAAGGCCUCUCCGUGGAAUUCGCCAUGUUGGCUGACAAAGCCGUUCAGCAGGGGAAACAGGAAGAAAACGACGUGGUGGAGAAACUCAACCUCUUCCUGGACUUGCUCCAGUCGUACAAAGAUCUGUGCGAGAGGCACGAGAAGGGCGUGUUGCACAAACACCAGCGGGCGCUGCACAAGUACAGCCUGAUGAAGAAGCAGAUGAUGAGCGCCACGGUGCAGAACAAGGAGCCGGAGUCAGUGGAGCAGCUGGAAUCCCGGAUUGUGGAGCAAGAGAACGCGAUCCUGACCAUGGAGCAGCGUAACUACUUCUCCCUCUACUGCCUUCACCAAGAGACUCAGCUCGUCCACAUUUACCUUCCGCUCACCUCUCAUAUCUUGGGGGCCUUCGUCAACUCGCAGAUCCAGGGCCACAAGGAGAUGAGCAAAGUCUGGAACGAACUGAAGCCCAAGCUGAGCUGCCUCUUUGCGGGAACCAGCGACGUGCUGAUGCUCCCUUUGUCUGCCCAAGAGGACGAUUUCCUUCCCAGUUAAUGUUUUGGGGAUUCAGGAUGGGAGGAGCUGGAAGGAAGGCCCACCCUUGACACUUAACCACACCUGUCCAGGUAUCCUUCUCCUGGCAAAUCCUAGCUUUGCCUCCCGGAGCCUGAAUUGAAAAGAGAGGUGUGGGGGGCGUUUCCCCACAAACUCCCAGCAUGUAGAAAUGUGAUUUUUCUUUUCAAAGACUUUUUUUGUUUUUAUUUUUACUGUCGACUGUGAAGGCUCAAAAAAAUAGCCCUCGGGGCAGAUUUGGGAACGGGGGCCUGUCCCAUGUCAAAAGCGACAGAUGGGCUUAGGUGAGCCACUCCACUCCAGGAAUAAAACCCCAUAAUUUCACGGGGGUUAGGGCCUGGCAGCAAAUAUAUGCACCAUCAAUUAAAGGGGCACAGUUUCCUUAAACAGCAUUCUGAGUGAAGGGACCAGCGUGAGUUUUUUUCUUCUUAUUUUGUUUUGAAAAGCCAGGUGUUUAAAUGAACAGAAGCGUAACUUUAGGGACAUGUGUGUUUCAACAGUAGACAGAUGGCUAUGCAACUCUGUGCCACGUAAGAAAUGGCCAGCUGCCUCACAGAGCGCUAGGCUCAUGAAUUCAUCUCUCAAAACAUACUUCUAGCCUCUCAAACUUCUUAGAGCAAAGGUCUUCAAACUUGGCAAGUUUAAGACUUGUGAACUUCAACUCCCAGAAUUCCUGAGCUAACAUGACUGGAGGAGGAAGAAUUCCGGGAGUUGGAAGUCCACAGGUCUUAAAGCUGUCUGGUUUGAAGACCCCUGUCUUAGAACUACAGGUAGUUCUGACUUAGGCCAGCUCGUUUAAUGACCAUUUGAGAGGACUUUCUGAAAGCCAUUUAAUGAUUUAGCAAACUUCUUUUAAUGACAAAUGAUGUGUGAAAGACCAAACCCAAAUGGCUCACAUUGGUUAUCCAGAUCUGGUAUUUAGGAGCACAUUUCAACGACAUGCUGGCUUACAGACGCCGGAUAGUAGUUGGCAUCUGACCAGCUUUCAAAGACAAGAUUGUGUCCAGCAUUUUCAUAAGUCAGUCCUUCUCGCAUGCAUACCUCAUACCUAUGUUCCUUUUGAAUGAACGCAAACCUAGGAGUCUUAAGAGAUGGGACGUUGUGCGUCGCUCUAAAGCAGUGUUUCUCAACUUUGGUCACCUUAAGAUAGCCACAGCACUUAAGACUUAUAUCCCACUUUCCGGUGCUUUUACAGCCCUCUCUAAGCGUUUUAUAGAGUCAGCCAAUCUGGGUCCUCAUUUUACCCACCUUGGAAGGAUGGAAGGCUGAGUCAACCUUGACACUGGUGGGAUUCAAACUGCCAAAUGGCAGGCAGCCGAAGUAGCUGAUGGGUUGACUUCAACUCCCAGAAUUCCCUAACCAACCACAUUGGCUGAGGAAUUCUGGGAGUUGAAGUCUACAAGUUUUAAAGGGGCCAAGAUUGAGAAUCUCUGCUUUGUAGCAUCCAUGGGGCAUAUUCCUUCUCUUGUCCAUUAGUCUUCCUCGUCAAAGCUAUCCAAAGCUUGGCUGAACGUGUUGACCAGCUAAACUUAGUGCCUUAUUCCAAUGCAGGUUUUUAAAUCUCUAGACAAUCAUCUUACUAAUCAAAAUGAACCUGGCUUAGCUUCAGAGUCUUGGUUAAGUUGGCCAGGGGCUACCAGCCCUGAAGUUAUAUAAAAGGAGAAACCAUUGUUUGGUUCAUGCCAUAGUGAAAUGAAAAAAAAAAACAGCUGUAAAAAAGCUUGUUCUGCUGGAUUAAAAAAAAAUGCAAUAUGCUACAAGGAAAACCAUCUCUUCUCUUCAAGAAAAGAGAAGGUCAUGAAGUUUAUUUUUGAGGAAGCUCUGCUGUAUUUAAAGUGGGACCACGGAACAUUUUUUUAAAGCAAGAUGAUUUAAGGCUUCAGGGCAAAAGAAGCCAUCCGAAGGGACUAAAGGCCAAAUUCUCAGGAAAGUAAAUUUUGCCUUUUUAAAAAUGUUUUCCAAGUCAUGUUUUUGGUUUGGGGUGGAUGGGCUUCUUCUAGCAUCCUGGCAUUAAAUCUGACUUUUGUAAAAGAGUGUCCACUUUACAAAAUGUAUUGUUUUUUUUUAAAUGAAGCACUUUAUUAAAUGGCGAGAAUGUCUUUAUUUCCAUAAAUGUUUACGGAGUCUGACAUCCCCAGGCCCCCUGCCCCAAAAGUUGCAAAAAAAAAAAGAUCUAUUUGUAAGAAGAGAAAUGUAAAACUCUAUUAAAAGUUUGAAAG